GUUUCCCAGUCAAGCAUAAGCAUUUAUAGACUGCAGCUAUCCAGUACUCUGACAUUCUCUGACAAAGGGAAUAUGCCAUUUUCUUCAACAUGAUCCUGCAAUUUAUAUAUGAAAGCUUUGACUUUAAAAGCUGGAUCAUUUUAUGCUUUGUUUUACUGCUUCUUGUAGAUAUUAUCAAAUAUAGGAAUCCUUCCAGUUUCCCCCCGGGACCCUGGCCUCUACCAUUCCUGGGAAAUGUCUUCACUGAGAUAGAUUUUAGGAACGUGAAUAAGUUGGCUGAAGUCUACGGGACCAUAUUCAGCUUAAGAGUGGGCAGUGAGAAAAUGAUAAUUGUUUCUGGAUAUAAAAUGGUAAAGGAGGCCCUCAUUACUCAGAUUGACAGUUUCGUUGACCGUCCAAAUGUCCCUCUGUUUCACAAAGUUUUUAAGGGAAUCGGUACGAUACUGAGUAAUGGAUACCUGUGGCGGAUGCAUAGGAAGUUUGCUGUCUCCCAUUUGCGGACCUUUGGAGAGGGGAAGAAAAGCCUUGAGCUCAGAAUUCAACAAGAAUGUGUCCACCUUUGUAAUGCUUUUAGGGCAGAAAAGGGACAUUUUAACCCCAUGGUUACCUUGAACAGUGCUGUCUCAAAUAUCAUCUCCUGCUUAAUAUUUGGACAACGCUUUGAGUAUCAUGAUGAAUGUUACCAAAAAAUUCUGCGUCUUGAUACUGAAUGCAUUCAGUUAAUAGGCUCUCCUAGAGCACAGCUGUAUAAUGUGUGUCCUCGGCUCUUGGAAUAUUUACCUGGCCCCCACCAGACAAUUUUUUCCAACUAUAAGCAAAUAACAGACUUCCUGAGAGGAGAGAUCAUUAAACACAAAGAGGACUGGGACCCUUUAAACCCACGUGACUUAAUAGACAACUACCUGACUGAGAUGGAAAAGAAAAAGAGUGAUCCUGAGGCUGGUUUUAACAUUGAAGGGUUAGUAGUGACUUGUCUAGACUUGAUUGAGGCCGGGACAGAAACCGCAACUACAACAUUGCGCUGGGGUCUGCUUUUUAUGAUCAAGUUCCCAGAAAUCCAAGAAAAGGUCCAGGAAGAGAUAGACAGGGUGAUUGGACAGUCGCGUCAACCCUGUUUGGCUGAUAGAGUUAAUAUGCCCUACACUGAUGCUGUAAUCCAUGAGAUACAAAGAUUUGGAGAUGUUGUUCCACUGGGAUUCCCUAAAAAAGCUGUUAAAGACACAACACUAAGAGGAUACUUCAUUCCUAAGGGCACCUCUAUUACAAUAAACCUGUCUUCAGUCCUGCAUGAUCCAAACGAAUGGGAAACCCCAGACACCUUUAACCCAGGACACUUCCUGACUGAAAAUGGCCAGUUUUGGAAGAGAGAUGCCUUCAUGCCAUUUUCAGCAGGUAAGCGAGCGUGUUUGGGAGAGCAGCUGGCUCGUCAGGAGCUCUUCUUAUACUUCACCUCCCUGCUGCAGCAAUUCACCAUCUCCAAAUGUCCAGGAGAGGAACCCAGUUUGGAGGGAGAGAUAUGGUUCACAUAUGCUCCUGCUCCCUACCGUAUGUGUUUGUCCUCACGUUAGAGCAGUGGUUCUCAAACCUCUCCAUGAAGUACCCGCAGCACUGCACGUUUUGUAUG